AUGGACUCCAUGUCCCUUAUUUUUUUCCGGAUGGAUUUUAACAAGCAAGAGCUUGUGGUGGAAAAAAGGGGUAAAGAUUUGAGUCAUUUAACAAUCACUAAUCAGGACCGAAAAACAUUUACAGAACAGCACAAAAUGUUUCGACGAAAUUCUGACUUCAAUACUGGUCACUCAGUUAUGAGUGACAGCUUCCUUAUUGUAAGGUCUAAAAGGGCAAUCAGCAAACUGUCCGAAAAUCCAGUGGUCAAUAAAAGUGUUCCUUCUGUUGCGAGUGUUAAGAAAACUGACAGUAAAGUGGUCAAGCCAACGACCAUGGCCACUAAGAAUGCAAGCAAAAUGACCCCAGAAGCAACAACUAAAAUCAAAAUGAAAAAAGUUGGUGACUACUACACAGCUUAUUUUCUUGUCUACAUAGGAAAAGACAGUGAAGAGGGUCUUUACAACUUGUUCUUUCACAAUUGUAUAAACUACAAGGGAGCUAACUCUGCAGUGAACUUAUCGUUGACUCUUAUCGAGGAGAAUAAGGGUAACUAUUUAUCUGCUGGUGAUAUGCCUUUGCCAAUAAUGAAUUUUGUGUGUAGUUUUGCCUUCUUUCUCAGUGGAUGUGCUUGGCUCUUUGUCUUACAGCGAUCCAGUGAGGAUGUUUACAAAAUGCAUUACUUGAUGUUGGGUGUAGUUUAUGUGAAAAGUAUUUCUUGUCUCUUUCAUGCAAUUAAUUUUCAUUUUAUUGAAACAAAAGGGAUCCAUGAAGAAGCUUGGGCCAUUCUAUAUUACAUUGUUUACCUAAUGAGAGGUGCUCUACUCUUUACCACAAUUCUACUCAUUGGUGCUGGUUGGGCAUUCAUCAAGCAUAUGCUGUGUGAUAAGGAAAAGAAGCUUUUCAUCAUCAUAAUUCCAUUGCAGGUUCUUGCAAAUGUAGCCUGGAUAAUUGUUGAGGAAAGUGAAGAAGGCCAAUCACAGUACACAGUCUGGAAAGAAAUCUUCAUUCUUGUUGACUUGCUUUGCUGUGGUGCUAUUUUGUUCCCAGUUGUAUGGUCCAUUCGCCAUUUGCAGGAUGCCUCUCAGACUGAUGGGAAAGCAGUGAUAUCGCUUACCAAGCUAAAGUUAUUCAGGCAAUUUUAUAUUUUAAUUGUUUGCUAUAUAUAUUUCACCAGAAUUAUUGUCUACCUACUGAAGAUAACUGUGCCAUUUAAAUAUGAAUGGUUGGAUCCAAUGUUUAAAGAGAUGGCCACCUUUAUCUUCUUCAUUGUGACUGGAUAUAAAUUCCGGCCAGCUUCGGAUAAUCCUUAUUUGCAAGUCCCACAGGACAGUGACGAAGAAAUUGAAAUGGAGGAAGUCCUAACCAAAAAUGGAGCCCUUGAGACAGUAGUAAAGGUUAGCCGGACAAAGGAACAGCAAUCAGCUGACAGUGGCACCAAACAGAGAGAGAGCAGUCAUGAAUAUGAUUGA